AUGAAGCCAUAUCAAAAGGACAAAUUUUAUAUAAUAUUGCCACGCAACAUCUCCUGGGUCUGUUGGGUAGUUAUAUCUGUUAAAGGAUCUAGAGUGUUGCCACGCAACAUCUCCUGGGUCUGUUGGGUAGUUAUAUCUGUUAAAGGAUCUAGAGUGGUAAUUCUCGGUGGGAUUGCAGGUCUUGCACGUGGAACGUUCCAAGCAAUGGACUUAAGAAAAACUCUUUAUAGUCCAACGGGAGUAUUAACCUUCACUUUAAGGAAGGAGGCUCGUGGUUUAAAUCUACUUUAUUGUGUCUGUGCCGACAAGAUUUUCGAUAAUGUUAAAUUAUUGGCUCAUGGUCUUUCGAACAUGUUAUCAUUAGCUUCUAAAGCUCAGUCGUGUAUCAAGAUCGAUGCUUGUUGA